AUGGAAGAAGAGUUGCGAUUAGAUCCAGUUAAUAUGAGCCCUUUCUCAAAAGUUGUUGACAAAGGUCUUUUUAAUAAGUCUUUUAAUCUCGUAGCUGCUCGGGUUCUUCCUCAAAAAGUGGGUAUUUUGAACAAAAUUUGUCGCAAAGAUUUGUUGGAGCUACCGCGAGUAAAACAUGUGUACCAGGAUCAAGACCAUAAACUGGUACUCUUAAAUCAAAAAGCUACAUUAGAUGGGACUGAGGGGCUUUCGGAAACAACCAAGUCAUUCAUUAAUGAAAACAAUGUUAAAUUAGUUCCGUUUAAGCUUAACGUAGAUUAUGACUACUGGAGAGCUGAGGACAUUUUAGAUGCUAUUCUUCCUCCUGGUCAAAAAGAGGAGCAUCCUUCUGGAUUUACUGCUGUAGGUCAUAUUGCUCAUAUGAACUUACGAGAAGAAUGGCUUCCGUAUAAGCACCUCAUAGGUCAAGUCAUCCUUGAUAAAAAUCCUUCUAUUAAGACAGUUGUGAACAAAACAGACAGUAUUGACACUAAGUUCAGAACGUUCCAAAUGGAAGUUCUAGCCGGAGACCCAGAUUUCAUGGUGGUUCAGUCUGAAUCCAACUGCAAAUUUCGAUUUGACUUUUCCAAGGUGUAUUGGAAUUCUCGCCUUAGCACCGAACACGAUCGCUUGGUAAGCCAAUUCCAAGAAGGCGAAGCGGUUUGUGAUAUUAUGGCCGGCGUUGGUCCCUUCGCAUGCCCUGCAGGUAAAAAGCGGGUUAUCGUUUUUGCGAAUGAUCUAAAUCCUUCAAGCUACGAAAGUUUGGCUGAAAAUGUUCAGAUCAAUAAGGUCGGAGACUUUGUAAAAGCAUAUAACCAAGAUGGUCGCGAAUUUAUCCGUUCGGCUACUGAAGAAUUGUUGGAAUUUUCAGAGCAAGAAACCAUAGAACUCCCUCCCCCAAAAAAGCUUGCAAAAGGAAACACAAUGGAUACUCCUUCUUCUUCUUCUUCCAAACGUGACAUUCGUAUCCCACCAGUAUUUUCUCACUAUGUCAUGAACCUUCCUGGCUCUGCUUUAGAAUUUUUGGAUGCCUUUAAUGGAUGUUAUGAAGGAAAAGAGCACUUAUUUGAAAACCGUUCACUCCCAAAAGUCCAUGUUCAUUGCUUUUCGAGAUACGAUCCUCCGGUCGAAGACAUACUAAACCGAAUUGAGGCAUCCAUGAGAUAUCGAUUGCAACCCGAAGAAUUAAGUUUGCAUUAUGUUCGUAAAGUAGCUCCAAAGAAGGAUAUGUAUUGCUGCACUUUCACUUUACCAAAGUCUGUUAUUUUUGGAAAAAAAUAA